AUGAAGUUGGUUUGGGCAGUACUGUCGUCUUUACAAGUUAUCGUAUUAGGAAGUGUUUUAACAUGCUAUGAUUCAGAGCUAAGAACCUAUGUUACCGCUAAUAGAAAGGGUUCUUUCUGCAAAAUCUCUUUUAACUUCGAAUUAAUCGACUGUACAAGUUUUCACGACGACUCCGAGUACCGAAUUUCCGCUGGAUUGGUCGAUGCAUCCAAGAACACGCUCAUUUCAGUCAUAACACAAAAAGAAAGUGAUACUUCAAUACCUUUCUGUACGAUCUAUCACGGGCUUAUGGAAUGUUAUUGUUCACUUCAUGGAUGUAACUUGGAUCACAAGCCCUUCUUGAACAUAUCUUUGGCUACAACAGAAUCGGAUCGAAUAGGUCUCAACUGCAUUAUUGAGCGCUGUUCUGCGGGCAAAUGUUUGAUGCCAAAACCUCUCUCGUUUGAAGAGAAUGACAAGAAGGAAGAAAAAAGCUCAAGUUCUGUUUUUUCGUUUUCUCUUCUGCCUCUCUCAAUCUAUCUUUUAUAA